GCUCCUUUAGAUAUGGUUGCCAAACCUUCUUCCACUUUCUUGUUAAUGUACAGAGGAUAAACCUGCAACUCUUUCAAUUUCUGUUACAGGUCCAACUUCGCGCCAAAUCCACUCUUCCAAACAACAACAACCAACUGCUUUUUGCUCUUAAUCGAACAAUUUGGAAGCAAAAUUGAAGAACAAUCGAAACAAAUCCAGCCACAGAUAACCAACAAUUCGCUUAAAUUCUAGCCACUACUUCACAAUUCACAAUCCAAACCCUAAAUGUUGCUUCAACAACCUUCACCUAAAACCCUAACAAAACCCUUAUUUCCUCACAAUCAUCUUCCCAAACACCUUCUCCCCCUAUUUCCCUACCACAACCGCCGCACCUCGUUUAUCCUACGCGCCUCCGCCUCCGCCUCCGCCGCCGAUUCCAAAACCUUACCGCAAUCGGCGAUUCGACGGAUCGCUGAUAAGCUUCGCAGCUUAGGUUACGUUGAAGAUACUGCAGAUGAUAAUAAUAAGCAACAAACCCUAACAACCUCACCUGGCGAAAUAUUUGUUCCGUUACCUGACCGGAUACCGAAGCACCGGGUCGGGCACACGCUCGACCCGAGUUGGAGUACGCCGGAGAAUCCGGUUCCGGAGCCUGGAUCCGGAACCGCAAUAAGGCGGUAUCAUGAGCUGCGGAGGGAGGUGUGGAAGGAGAAGAAAGAGGAGAAAGUUAAGAGGAGGAUGGAGGGGAGUACUGAGACUGAGAAGGUGCCGACAAUGGCGGAAUUGAAGCUGGCACCGGACGAGUUGAGGAGAUUGAGGAGUUUGGGGAUUGCGAUUAAGACGAGGUUGAAGAUUGGGAAGGCUGGGAUUACUGAGGGGAUUGUUAAUGGGAUACAUGAGAGGUGGAGGAGGACUGAGCUUGUGAAGAUUGUUUGUGAGGAUUUGUGUAGGUUGAAUAUGAAGAGGACUCAUGAUUUGCUUGAGAGCAAAACCGGGGGUCUGGUUAUUUGGAGAGCCGGAAGUAUCAUAAUAUUGUACAGAGGAGCUGAUUACAAGUAUCCUUAUUUCUUUAUUAAUAAACAAAAACCAAAUGAUGCAUCUGCUGAUGACCCAACGAGUCCAUCUACAGACUCUGAAGAGGGUGGUGGUGAAGAAAGCGAAUCAAUCGGCUCAAAAGAAACGCAACCACCUUUGAUUCAAGGUGUGGGUUCUCGAACCAGGGUCCGGUUUCAGCUGCCAGGGGAGGCCCAACUUGCAGAAGAAGCUGACCAGCUUUUGGAUGGACUUGGUCCACGGUUCACUGAUUGGUAUGGAUAUGAACCGUUACCAGUUGAUGCUGACCUUUUACCGGCAGUUGUUCCUGGAUACAGGAAGCCGUUUCGGCUCCUUCCUUUUGGAGUUAAACCAAAAUUAACAAAUGACGAGAUGACAACGCUAAGAAGACUUGGGAGACCUCUACCAUGUCAUUUUGCUUUAGGUAGAAAUAGGAAACUACAAGGGUUGGCUGCAGCGAUAUUAAAACUUUGGGAGAAAUGUGAGAUUGCAAAGAUUGCUGUUAAAAAAGGAGUACAGAAUACCAACAGUGUCCUGAUGGCUGAAGAAUUAAAGUGGUUGACCGGUGGAACACUACUUACGCGAGAUAGGGAGUAUAUCGUUCUAUAUAGAGGUAAAGAUUUUUUGCCAGCUACAGUUUCUUCCGCAAUAGAACAGAGAAGGGACCGCGGAGUCGAUGCCCUUGAAAGAAAGAAGAGUGCCGCCAGCUCAUCUGACGUGCAAGAAAAUAAAGAUAAGGAAAUUGAGAAUCCCUCUGCUGCUGUAACUGAUGGAAUUAGAGACCAGAAACUGGAAAUUGCUAUUGAGCAAAGGAAACAAAGGUCCCGUGAAGCCGCUAUAAAGAAAACUAGUUCCAAAUUGUCUCAGGCAUUGGUGGACAAAGAAAGGGCAGAGAAGCUUCUAGAAGAGCUGGAGAAGAAAGAGACCAAGCAACAAGUUGAAGCAGACAAAGAAGGUAUCACUGAAGAGGAACGGUUUAUGCUGAGAAAAGUCGGCAUGAAAAUGAGGCCUUUUUUACUGUUAGGAAGACGUGGAGUUUUUGAUGGCACUGUUGAAAAUAUGCAUCUUCACUGGAAAUAUAGGGAACUUGUGAGGAUAUUAUGUGGUGAAACCAGCAUUGACGAGGUUCAUGCAAUAGCAAGAACAUUAGAAUCAGAAAGUGGUGGUGUAUUAAUUGCAGUAGAACGUAUGCGUAAAGGUCAUGCAAUUAUUGUUUAUCGUGGCAAAAACUACAAAAGACCUGCUAGCUUGAGGCCACAAACACUCCUUAAUAAAAGAGAAGCAUUAAAACGCUCCAUUGAAGCCCAACGUCGAGAGUCUUUGAAACUUCAUGUAUUGAAGCUUGGAAAAAAUGUUGAAGAAUUAAAGCUUAAGUUGGCCACAAGUGAGGAAAUAAGUAUACACGGCCAAAAAGAUCAGAAUACUCAGUUGGAACAGGAUAUUAUAAGCCCAUCAUCUGAAUAUACGGAACCUGACUCUGAUCUUGAAGUUUAUAAAUCAAAUCCUACAGAUCAGGAUAACGGGCAGGCAAGAGAGCUUCAGGAAGGUGCUAUAGAUUUUUCAAAUACAGAUGAUGGCAUAAGCGCAUCUCAAGAAAAUCCAGCCAAUGAAAGUGACUUCACAGAAGCUAAUUCAGAUCCUUCAAGCUUAUCAGUGGAAGGUCCGAAUGAAAGCGAGAACCAUAAGACACAAAGCACUUCAAUUUCUCCGGAUGCUUUCAAGCUAGAAGAAACAUCAAGCGCUGACCUUUGUGUCUCUGUCAUGAGGAGUGAGGUGCCAUUUUCACCAGCUAACAAACCUCAAGUCAACGAGUCAAAUGGGAAACUUCGCAGAUCUGUUCUUCUUUCCAAUCAAGAAAGGCUGCUUUUGAGGAAACAAGCCUUAAAGAUGAAAAAACGUCCUGUUCUAGCUGUUGGGAGAAGCAAUAUCGUUAGCGGGGUGGCUAAAACAAUUAAAACUCAUUUCCAGAAAUACCCCCUCGCUAUUGUGAAUAUUAAAGGCCGAGCCAAAGGGACUUCAGCACAAGAAUUGGUAUCAAAGUUAGAGGAAGCAACAGGUGCAAUUCUGGUUUCCCAAGAACCGAAUAAAAUCAUUCUAUACAGGGGUUGGGGGGCUACUACUACUGUUACACAUAAUUCUAACCAGACUAGUGGGAAACGAGAACCGAAUAGGCGUGAAGAUAUUGUUAAGCCAAUCAUAUCUCCAGAACUCAUUUCAGCAAUUAGAAUUGAAUGCGGAUUGCAGGAGUACAAAGUCCAAGAGAGCGAAGCUGUUUCUUAGGCUGAUAACGGUUUGUGACGUUCAGUUUGUAUAUCUUGGCUAUUGAUAGCUGUUAUUGACUAGCGAUUGAUGGCGCAUUGUCCCGUUUCAUCAUGCAUGGCAGAUCUGUGUCGAAUCUGGAUGGUCAGACUAUAUUGACAAGGCAUACAUUCCGUCUCAGAUGAACUGUAACUGAUCUGAACCGAGAAAUAGGUUAAUCAUCUAGUUUGUAUUUUGUGGAUUGGUUUAGGCUCAGCCGAAUCACUUGUUUUCAUUUAUAUAUAUAUAUAUAUUCUUCACAUUUUACGAAA